AUGGACCGUGAUGAGUCCCUCAAAAGAAGCACAGCGUCGCCAGCGGCACCAACACCACCUUCAGCGGCGGCUGGACGCUCGGCUGUAAUGGAAACUGGGGGCAAUGCCAGAUCGGCCCCUCCGCGGGAGGGAGGCGGAGGCGGAGGCGGCGAGGUUGCAGCUGCUGGUGCUGCGGAAGCCGCCGGUUUACAAACGGCCGCUGUUACUCCGGCUCCUGCGGGUGGGAAGGGCAUGAAUAUUGAUGGGCCGAGCGGCGGCAGCGCCGGCAGCCUGGCGGGCAUGGACCCUGCUGGAAUGCCGAAGGGAGGCAGAUCCGUGGCCCCUGCCCCUCUUCCCCGCCUGCAGUAUGCCAAGGAUCCUAAACUAGUCCAUCAGCGCUUCUUGCGGAGAAGCGUGGUUGACUCCGACCAGGAGGAGCCCACCUUCGAGCCCUCGGAGCCGCCGGAGCAGCAGAAGAAGAUCAUCCUCUUUUCCAAGACCAGGAGGAUAAUUGCGGAGCGGGUAAAGGCGGGACAGCGGGUAGUAGAAGAGAAGGGGCUCGGCGAGGAGACCCUCGCCCAGCCGAAGGGGAUAGUCCCUGAAACCCUUUUGGCCAGCGGGCAGCAGAAGGACAGCGGCAAGGAUGUCGAGAAGAAAGAGGUCCCCGAGCCUUCCAAAGAGCAGGUCAAGUCUAAGAAAGAGGAGCCGGAGGAGGAAGAGGAGGAAGACGACAUGAAAGCAGUGGCCACCUCCCCAGACGGCAGGUUUUUAAAGUUUGAUAUUGAGCUUGGAAGAGGGUCUUUCAAAACAGUCUACAAGGGACUAGACACCGAGACCUGGGUGGAAGUGGCUUGGUGUGAACUUCAGGACAGAAAGCUGACAAAGGUAGAGAGGCAAAGAUUUAAAGAAGAAGCAGAGAUGUUGAAAGGUCUUCAACACCCAAACAUUGUUAGGUUUUAUGACUUUUGGGAAUCAUGUUUAAAGGGAAAGAAAUGCAUUGUACUGGUUACAGAAUUGAUGACCUCUGGAACACUGAAAACAUAUUUGAAGAGAUUUAAAGUGAUGAAACCAAAAGUCCUUCGUAGCUGGUGCCGGCAAAUCCUGAAGGGUCUUCUUUUUCUGCACACUAGAACUCCACCAAUCAUUCACAGAGACUUAAAAUGUGACAAUAUUUUUAUUACUGGACCAACUGGCUCUGUGAAGAUUGGUGACUUAGGCCUGGCAACUCUCAAAAGAGCUUCGUUUGCCAAAAGUGUAAUAGGUACUCCAGAAUUUAUGGCUCCAGAAAUGUAUGAAGAGCACUAUGAUGAAUCUGUGGAUGUAUAUGCUUUUGGAAUGUGUAUGUUGGAAAUGGCUACCUCAGAAUAUCCAUAUUCAGAAUGCCAGAAUGCUGCUCAAAUUUAUAGAAAAGUAACCUGCGGUGUCAAGCCAGCAAGUUUUGAUAAAGUUACUGAUCCUGAAAUUAAGGAGAUUAUUGGAGAGUGCAUUUGCAAAAAUAAAGAAGAAAGAUAUGAAAUUAAAGAUUUACUAAGCCAUGCCUUUUUUGCUGAAGAUACUGGGGUAAGAGUGGAACUUGCAGAAGAAGACGAUGGUAGGAAAUCCUCUAUUGCCUUAAGACUCUGGGUAGAAGACCCUAAGAAGCUGAAAGGAAAACCCAAAGAUAAUGGAGCCAUUGAGUUUACUUUUGAUCUGGAGAAGGAAACUCCUGAUGAUGUUGCACAAGAAAUGGUUGACGCUGGAUUUUUUCAUGACAGUGAUGUCAAAAUAGUUGCUAAGUCAAUACGUGAUAGAGUAGCAUUAAUAUUGUGGAGAAGAGAGAGGAUUUGGCCUAUGUUACAAUCAGAGGACCGUCGGGAUUCUGAGUGUUUAGAAAAACAAAAGGUCACACAAGCACAACAGGUUCAGGUUACGUACCUUUCCCAUACCAGUCAUCACAUCCUGUCAGAACCAGAAGAACCUGAAGCUGACCAGCACCUUUCUCAGCAGAAUCUACCCACAAGCGUUACUUCACUUGCAUCUGAUAGCACAUUUGACAGUGGUCAGGGAUCCACUGUGUAUUCAGACUCCCAGAGCAGCCAGCAAAGCGUCAUCUAUUCAUCUAUGCCUGAUGCAAUACCUCCUGCUAUUCAGCGGGUUUACAGCCCACCUCUCAGUGAAAGCCAGGCAUUGCCACCUGGUCUUCAGCAGCUGGGACCCUACCAGCAGCCAUCAGUACCUGGACUUCAAGUGGUUCAGGCUCCACCUGCUGUUGUAUCUCAGCGACCACAACAUUAUCAAGAACCAGCAAUCCCAUUCCCUGUUGUCCAUUCCACCCCAGUUGCACCUGCACAGAUGAGACAACCUCAGCCUGUGUUAGCAAGCCAGCAGCAACCCAUCCCACCUACAGCUCCACUACAGCAGGUUCUAACCAACCAGCCCAUUUGUGCAGUGCAACAGCCAGCACCUCAUCUGUUGCCCCAGUAUCAAACUCCAACUUCUCAGGUGGCAACUGCCAGCACAUCACUUACUCCUCUGCAGAUUCCCCCUGUGCAGCCACUUCAACAAAUCCAACCUGGUCAGAUUCCUCAGUUUCCUGUCAUUCCUGCAGUUACUCCUCUGGCAGGACUUGACACCCAUCCUCCAAACCUGUCUGAUAUACCUGCUGCAAAUGUGCCCUCUAUACCUGCUCCUUCACAGUAUUUUCCUCCAGCUGUGAUUUUACCGAGCCUACCCAUGAACCCUGCUCUGCCACUGGCAUCCAAUUCUUCUGCCCUGCCCAUGCAAGCAAUCAGUCUUCCUCAUACAACUGUGGCUUCCUUAGUCUUGCCCUGCCAAACAAUUGUGCCAAAUAUGCCAUCUGCUCCAAUACCAUUACUGGCUGCGGCUCCCCCAGGAGUGUCAGCUUUACCAACACAUCAUGCAGUAGCCCAGCUAUCCCAACAGCAAAUAUACCAGGCUACUCUCCAGCAGAUAAUUCAGAAUGAAGUUCUUUCUUCUCCCCAUCACACUCAGAACAUGCAAGCAGUUUCACAACAGCAGCAGCAGCAGCUGCCUCCACUUCCUCAGUCACUUCAACCAAGCAUAAUUCAUCCUUCACAACAGACUAUGUCUGCAUCUGGGGCUGGUAACCAGAUUAUUGGACACCCUCAGUAUGCCGUGGAUUCUGGAGCCCAGGUGCCUACAUUGCCACUGCAGCCUUCUGCAAUUAUGUCACCACCUUUGCAAAUACAGCCUGAAUCAUUGCCUUCCUGCAUUGGUCCAGAAGGUUUUGCACAAAGUAUCCUUGCUACAGCUGAUGCAGCAAUGCCUAUAGAUCAUAGUCUGCCUCUCCAGUCUACUGGUUAUCUGCAAUCUCAGCUAGAUAAUAAUCAGCCAUUGGGCCAUGGUCCAGCUCUAUGCCCAAUUAUCCCAGAAUCUUCUCAAGAGGAGCAUACAGUACCGGAGAAGCAGCAAACACUAUCCCAGAGCUGUGAAAGCUAUGUGAGUGCUGAUGUUGCUUCUGGUAAAGAGAUGAGUGACAGCUUUGAAGGAACAAGUGGAAGUGGCAAGCAAGAUGUCAAACUUUCAAAGAAGCAUAAGAAAUCAACACGUACUCGUUCACGGCAGGAAAAGAGCAACAAGCCAAAACUUACAAUUUUAAAUGUAUGCAAUACGGGAGAUAAGAUGGUAGAAUGUCAGCUUGAAACACACAAUCACAAAAUGGUCACCUUUAAGUUUGAUUUAGAUGGUGAUGCUCCAGAAGAGAUUGCUACUUACAUGGUAGAAAAUGAAUUUAUAUUACCAACUGAGAAAGAAAUAUUUAUUGAGCAACUAAAAGAGAUUAUUGACAAAGCAGAAGAUAUGCUUAGUGAAGAUACAGAAGGAGAACGAAGCUCUGAUCAGGGAACAAGCCCUCAGCAAGAUGCUUACAGGCUAGAAAUCAACGAGGAAAAUCGGCAAUCCCAAGCAAGAAUGCCAGUGUAUCAGCAGAAUGUUCUACAUACAGGAAAACGUUGGUUUAUUAUUUGCCCUGUUGUGGAAAAUCCUGCUGCUGAAAUAUCAGAAUUCUCUCCACCCGUUCCCCAAACUACAAAACAGGAUGAAGCUCCAGAGCAGUUGGACGAUCAGCAGCAAAGCUCUACGGUGACAGACAAACAAAAUAACCUAGUUUAUCAACACCUCUGUAGUCAAAGGAGUGCCUAUGAAAGCCCCAGAGGAACACCGCCUCCUUCUCCUCUGACACAAACCUCUACUGCUGUGUCAUCUUCCCUGUCACAGGGCCAGUUAGAAACAUCAGCAGCAACUCUCCCGGCUAUGACUCCAUACACUGUAGAACAGGCUGCUGAAAAUACAGGCCAAGCAGAAUGCCCUCUACUACCGUCUGCUUUACUCAGUCAGCCUGGCAGUCCUUCCCACACUGCCUCUUCAGUUGAGGAUCAUUUUGAGGCUCAGCUUCCUCUAAAUCCCCCAGUGCAAGCACUACAGCGAAUAGAUGAAAACACUGGUGUCCCUGAUGCAGAGGCUGGCCUGCCAAAACUGAUUCAGCCCAUUCCUGCACAGGCAGCAGAAGUCUGCCCACUCCCUGUUGUCUCUGAUGCUGCUAUUUUGGAACUACAGCCUCCAACACAAAUCCUCCAUUUGUCAGACAGCAGUCAGCCUAGUCUAAUUCAGCAUUCUUUUGCAGGCCAGAUGAUUCCUGUGUCGGCUGUUUCUGAUCCUCUGAUUCUGGCAGCGCCUCAGCUUUCAAGCCCUCCCCAUGCUUCAGUAGCUGCAUCCCAGCCACAAAUAAUGCUAACCCAAUCUCAGUCUGUUCCAUGCACUGGCCUUGCCAUCAAUGUACCUCAGCCACCUUGUGCAGUUGAGUCAGAUGGUGAAGGACCACCCAGGGUUGAUUUUGCUGACAACACAAUAAAAAGUUUGGAUGAGAAACUGCGUAACCUGCUUUACCAAGAGUAUGUUCCGACAUCUUCUGCAUCAGCAGCAACACCAGACAACUUUGUCCCAUUAGAACAAGGGGAUAGUGAAUUUAAUUUGGCACCUUUACCUACACUUGUCCUGGAUUUGAAAGAACUAAGUUGUAAGAUGCCAGGCAGUGACAUGGAUGUUAAUGCAGCUGAGGACCAGUCUACAUCUAGUGCAACUUCUGAAGUGAAAAAAUCAGAAGAUAUUUGCACCAGCAUCCAUUCUUCAGAAAAAAAUCAUGGGUCAACAAGCCGAGCAGGCCAAGCUGCUCCAGAUUCUGUUGCCCUAACACCAGGACUCCAUCAGGCAACUUUGUCAUCAUCAGAUCUAACUGAACAAAAAGAAGCUUGUAAAAUGGAUGAGAAGGCAAAGGCUGUAACAUUACUUGAAGAAGGGAGAAAUAAAUCCCAAAGAGAUGACUCUGUAGACUCCAGCUUUUUUGGAAAUCAGGCUGAAACACACAACAGUACACCAGCAAAAACUAUUGGGAGAUUCUCAGUGAUCAGCACACAGGAUGAGUUAACUUUACCAUCCUUGCAUUUUUUGAGAUACUCUGCACCACCAGAUGUUUAUCUGGAUGAUCAGCCUUCUAGUCCUAAUACAAAGACAUCUUUUCGGAGAGUACAGACAGCAUCAUCUAUUGAUGUCCUUUGUGGUCAUGAUGAUUCCAGUGAUUCUGGAGAUGAAUCUCUUCAAGGAAAACCAGCUGCUGCUCCACAGUCACCCCAGAGCAGUAGUGCAGGAAAUGACUACAUGAAAAAGGCUUCCUCUUUUCUGCACAAGUCUGUAAAGUCAGGUUCACAAGGCCUUGAUUCCCCUAAUGGCCAUGGAACAAAAAUUCCAACUAUCAACAUAACUUCUUUCCACUCACAGUCAUCAUAUGUAAGCAGUGAUAAUGACUCAGAGUUUGAAGAUGCAGAUAUGAAGAAAGAAUUACAGAACCUUAGAGAAAAGCAUAUGAAAGAAAUUGCUGAGCUGCAAAGUCAACAAAAGAGAGAAAUAGAAGCUCUGUACGUUCGUCUGGGAAAACCUCUGCCACCUAAUGUGGGCUUUCUUCACUCUGCUCCACCAAGUGGCCGUCGGAGAAGAACCAGCAAGAAUAAAUUAAGAACUGGAAAAUUAUUAAACCCUGUACUGCAACAGCUGAAAACAACAACAUCUCAUACAAGCAAUGUAUCAGACUGCAAAGACACACUGGCUAAAGAAAAUGGUAAAGCUCAGACUGGUUCCACUGAAGCAACUGUUCUAACUUCAUCCACAUCAGCCAUACUUGGAAAGUCAGUUCAGACACAGCAGCCCUGCUCUGUCAAGGCCUCCUUGUCCACUGACAUCUGUUCUGGAUUAGCCACUGAAGGAGGUGAUGUCCAUGGAAAUUCUGGCCAAGGCUGGACGGUUUUCCACCAAACGUCUGAGAGAGUGACCUAUAAAUCUAGUAGCAAACCUCGUACCAGAUUCCUCAGUGGACCUGUGUCUUUGUCCAUCUGGUCUACCCUGAAACGACUAUGUCUAGGCAAAGAUCACAGUAGUAGAUCUUCAACAAACAGUCUUGUAGCCUGUCCAGACCCACUACCACAAACAACACUACAGGUACAGGUGCAAGCGAACAACAGUAACAACAAGAAAGGAACUUUUACAGAUGAUCUUCACAAGCUGGUGGAUCAAUGGACAAGCAAAACAGUGGGAGCUGUACAAGCGAAACCAUCCUUAAAUCAACUCAAGCAGAACCAAAAACGGCAAGACAUGGAGUCUAAAGCUAAUCCGAUGCAGACACAGAAUGAGAUGUGUGGAGUUAAUUCAGUCAGAACAGGAAUGGGGGAAAAGGGCAUUGUUCCAGUGUCUUGCCCAGUGCCAGCUGCAUUAACUCCUGGAGUUUCACCAUCCAUACCAGUGCCUAUGCCAGGUACUACCCUUUCUGGCACAGUAAAACCUUUUGUGAUGCCUCUUUGUCAAUAUGGAGGAGUUUUCCCUACAUCAGUUUUUGGAGUGCAGUGGUCAGGCCUGACAGCACAGCCUGGAAUUGGGGGAGGCCAGAACAUUGUACAUUGUCCGGUUCUUGGAAAAACUGGCUUGCCGCUGUUUCCAGUUCCACUGCAGCAACCUGUUGUCAGUUCUACAGGCCCUCACUUGAGAAUAACCUAGCUUUGCUUCUUGAUACCCGAGGAUGAUUUCCAGAUUUUGAAUGCUGAGUGUUUGAGAAAUUAAGCUGUCUCUGUUUACUUGUUGGUACUCAGUUUAGGCAUACUACUGCACACAGCCAUGCACUGCAUCAAGCAAUCACUGUGAAAUGUUUUCACACAGAUAAGUUUGUUGUUAUGGCAAUACUUGCUUCUCCAUCAUUGCUGAAGACACUUUAUUUUGUGUUCUGGUGUUUAAAAUGACAACCUUUAAAGUUAAUGUACUUGAAUUGAUUGUUAGACAACUGUAUUAAUCCAGCAGGAGUAUAGUGCCUUGAAUUCAAGCCUUUCAGUUUCAUCUGGAAAGGUGUAAAAAAAUAGAAAAGUGUAUCUUAUUUACAAUCUGCUUGUGUGAGGUUAAAUUUUUAUUUGCAAUAUAUAAAUAUAUGUGUAUAUAAUCGAAAGUUUACAUUUGAAACUCUUAAGAAAUUUUAUUCUAUUUUCUCCUGUAAGUGCUUUUAUUCUAACUGGUGGUUGCAAUGUUUACAGGAGAGAUACUGAUCAAAGUCUUCUUUCAUUUGAAUGAAAAAUAAUGAAAUGAGUAUCUUUUUUUUAAGGAGUAUUUUCAGGAGCUGAAAGUAAGUUGUAUAUAUGUAUGCAGGGAAUAGCUUUGGGCAGUGCAAUUCUCCUUGUUAUGCAGUCUUUCUGGAAAAGCUAUUGCAUAUAAGAACUUAUGUUUUCCUAAAAAAAUAGCAAAAUGGCAAGCAAAUGCUUCCCUUCCCUUUUGUUCAGCAUUAUGAUUUCUUCUAUUCUGAAUAGAUUUUGCAUAAUUAAGUUGUAUUACAAAUCCAUGCAUGUUUCAUAUGUGAAAUAAACUUAAUCAGAAUCUUGAUUAUAGGAGAGCCAAUCCCAAAGUUCUUAUAAGAACUAUGUAAGUACAGAACUUUCCUUGCACGUAUUCCGCCUUUAUUUCAUCAGUGGUCUUAGUCCAGAAGAAUACUUGUCACUGAAGUGCUUACAGUCUUCUGAAUUGGAGUUAAAUGUGAAGUUCUCUUUUCAGCCAUCCCUCUUCCUCCUUUUGCUUUUAAACUCAGCAAUGUUUUGGUGUUUAGUCACACUUGAUUCCCCCCUCCUCCCAUUUUAACUCCGUUUUCACUGUAGGUAGAAUGUGCUUCAUCUUUCCUUGUGCUUUUGGGGGAGGGAGUAUCUUCCUUACUGUGCUUAGAGUUUAUAUCAUCACCUAUCAAUCUAAAGUCACAAGGUAACUCUAAGAUUGAUUUGCAGAGUGGUAAGUCUCAAUUUACUUUGGAGAAAAAAGUGACAAACAUAAUGGCACAAUUGACAAAACCAUGACAACAGACAAAUGAAGGUAUGCUGCUUUCUCUCUUGCCAUAUUUUUUAUCAGUCUUCUGAAGAGGCAGAACUGUUGAUCUGUGAAUUGUAUAGUUCUGUUGUACUUUGAGCAUUAAAGACUGUCUAAAAUAUUUUGUUAGUACUAUUUUGCUUAUAUUUCAUCAAUUCAGUUAAAAUUGAAUUUUGUAGAACAUGAUGCAGAGUCUUCUGCCUGGGCAAAAUACUCACUGUAGUAAGAGAGUUUUGUUCUUUGUAACAUGCAUUUUUCCUUUGUUGGAGAAUUCAUUUUAAAUUUCAUGUAUGUAUAUUUUAUGAGCAAAAUGUGGAAAAUCUGUUCUCACUGCUCACAUCUUGACUUUCACUGAACCUACAAGUUGUUACUAUUGCCUGUUGUAUAGCCCACCCCCUUGUAUACUGACAGUCAGUGGCACUAAUCCCUCACCCCAAGAGAUUGUAUAUAUUAAA